AUGCAAGUAGUAUGCAGUCGAAAUGAAAAAUUUAUUGAAAAAACACUGCGUACACUUCCAAGCUCAAGUCUAUUGGCGUUAGUAGACUGUUUAAAUAAAUAUCUUUAUCAAAGUUCUGAAAAAGGUCUUAUUGCAUCAAAAUGGUUACGUGUAUUAUUAACUAUGCAUUCAUCUUCUCUUAUGACAUAUCCUGAUAUUACGGAACGUCUUGCUCCGAUGUACGAGCUGAUUGACUCACAUACGAAACUUUAUCCAAAAUUAGCUCGUCUUCAUGGAAAAGUGUUACUUAUCGAUUCACAAAUCAAUAAUCAUACCAAGGAAUUAUCCAACAGUAAUGAUAAACUGUCAACAAACCCAUCGUUAAUUUUCGAAGAUGUGUCGGAUGAUGAUAUUGAUGGUGAUCAGACUCAAGAUGAACUUAUACCGAGUCCAUCUGAAUAUGAUGAUUAUUCCGGUUUGUCUGAUGAUCUGGAUCUUGCUGUAGAAAAUGAUUAUAAUGAAGAUGAAAUUGAGCAAAUAACUGAAAGUGAUAACGAUAUUAACUUCCAACAGGAUGGCGAUUCGAAUGAGGGUGAUUCAUCUUGA